AUGUGAUUUGUACUCUCUCUCUUUCUUUGUCCCUUCCCUCUCUUUCUCCCUCACCUUUUUGAUGGAGCCCCUGGCCGUACAGAUAGAAAAGGCUGUCGUUCAGCUAUACGGUGAUCCGUCAAAUAGUGACGUGACUGCGGCUGAAAAAUGGCUCAUUAGUAUUCAAGAAUCGAAAGAGGUGUGGUCUGUUGCCUGGCAACUGCUCGAAAGAGACAGAGUUGAAGUUCAAAAUUUUGGUGCUCUUUUACUUAAAAAUAAACUACUGAAAUCAUGGAAUGAAGUUCCCGAGGAUCAGUACGAAAGUUUGAGAUUUCAAAUCUUUCAGUCGAUAAUGAAAUUCUCGGAGAACGGCCAGCCUAAGAUGGUCCUCACUCAGCUCUGUGUUGCUAUGGUGAGGUACGUCUUUCAUUCAAUGCCAACCGUUUGGCCUAACGCUAUAGUCAGUGUAGUUCACACACUAAGCUCAUCACAAGCCCAAGCUAAUUUAUCUGGUCUGCUAGAGCUAUUAAAGGUCCUACCUGAAGAGUUUGAAGCUAGCAGUGACAAUGCAUUCGCUGGCAAGAGAGCAAUCAUAAGAUCCGAAAUAAACAAAUCCCAAUCAACCGUAUUUGGAUUCAUAGAACAGAUCCUCCUAUCAAACUCAUCUCUUAAUAUUAGAUUAUCAGCUUUAAAAUGUCUGACGAGUUGGUCAGGGUUUGCUCCAUUACUCCCAGAGCUCCGGUCUUUAGUUUCUCUUCUGUUCCAACUUCUUCACGACCAGCAGCUGGUGAAUGACUCAAUUGAAGUAUUGACUAGUUUAAUAACCAACGAAGACUGCUAUAAGUAUCCCACUGCAGUGAAGGAGUUUCAGUUGCUUUUAAAUAGCAAAUCGGAUUUCAUUCAAACAUUACUUAAUGAUACUGAUAGAGAUAAUGAUUUAUGUUCUAUGAUGUGUGUACUAGUAACAGAGACCUCAGUCACUUGUGUAAAGUCCCUAACUGCCGACAUAAACCAGGAGACAACUGAGAACUGUGAAGAAUCCUUGGAGACCCUAACACUUUUACUGAGAUUUACGACUCUCCCCGGACAUUACCCAACGGACGAGAAAUGCUCCGAAAUAACCUUCUGCUUCUGGGAGAGAUUUUUGGGAGAGAUAGAAUCCGAGGAGGUAAGCAAGCAAGAGUUUCUACUCGAGUUUUACGAAGGGAUUCUAGUAUCACUCGUAGAAAUAUUUCCAAUUAAAGCCCGGUAUCCAUCGGAAGAGGAAUGGGUGGAGUCUUGGAGUGAAGACGAACAAGACGAGUUUAUGAGGUAUAGAGACGAGCUUUGGGAUUUAGGAGAGUCUAUACAGUUGACAAUGCACUAUCAGUUUGUUCAUCAUCUUUCACUGACACUUAGUAAUCUCUUCUCAGGACAGUCCCCUCCUCUCUGGCAGGAUGUAGAAGCUAUAUUAUUUCUAUUACAAGUCUCUGCUGGCAGUAUAACUGAGGACACGUCAGUUUUCUUUCAAUCAACCCUAUCUCUUUUCCCCAGGAUGCCCUCCAAUAACACACUAGCCAAAUCAGCACUAAGACUACUAGGUGAGCUAGCAGAGUGGUUUAGGGACAGCCCUGAUGUGCUACUAGCUGUACUUCCAAUGAUACUGGAUAAUUUAUCCAAGCCUACGUUAACUGCUAGUGCUGCUUUAGCAUUUCGGGACAUUUGUGGCGACUGUCACGGAGUGUUAGCCAAUUCUGAUAUAUCAAGCAUUGUAAUCUCAUGCCAAGCAGCUUUCUCUAAUCCCGGUAUUUCAUCAGACCAGUGUGCCAUCAUGAUAGCAGCUGUUGGUCUCAUUCUUUCUUCCCUCCCUCUCUCUUCUCUCUCUCAACCUUUAGACAUUUUAUUGCACUCGCGUAUUGAGAACAUACAGACAUUAGCUAAUGGACAACCUUCCAUGCAAACUCAUCCACUAGUAAUGAAAGAGCUAACUAUCCUGAACUCAUUUUGUCGUCAUGUGAUACCUUCUGUACAAGAGGGGGAACAGCACCCUGUACUGACGGUCCUAAUACGGCUGUGGCCCUCGCUGAAAGAAUUACUAGGAAAGUGGAUGGGAGACUCAGAAGUUAUCAGCGUAUGUAAACCACCUCACUGCACCUGUCAUUUCCAUUUAUUAUGAGAUCAUUCGAUUGUUUGGCAUUAUCAAGGAGCGUGUACAAUAUGUACAUGUACAUGUACACGCGCGUGACAUGUGUCUGUGGUGUAGGGUCAUUAUCAUAAUUGUGUUUAUAAUGUGUUAUAUCA